CGGAGGUGGCGGUGCUGGAAGGUGGCUGAGGUGGGGGGUGAGGUCUAUAUAUUUUUUAAUUAUUUUUUACGAUUUUUAUUUUGAUUUUUUUAUAUUUUAUAAUGAUUGUUUAAAAAUCCUAUUAUUAAGGACAAGGGAAAGGGUAGAAUAUGAAGAGUUAGUCCUAUUUUGGGAAUUUAAACUUUAAACUCCUAUUGUUGCAAUUAUGCUUUUAUUUACUCCCGUUUAGGUAAAUCUCCCAAAUAAAUUAGGCUUCUUCUAAAAUAUUAAAUAUACAUUGUAGUAUAUAAAAUGCACAAAUUGUAAUAAUUAUCUACGAGUAUGUUUUAUUCCUAAAAUGAGAUUCAUUCACUCCUAUGUAAAGCAAUUUUCUCUUUUUUUUUAUAAUCCAGAUGUCGAGGCUUACGCUCCUAUAAUCCUGGAGUCUAUGAACUACCAUCCAAAGCUCCUAGACAGUUAAAUCCGGAUCUGAUCACAGUCAGCCUCGUCAGUACUGGCUCCAAAGGACGAAUCCAGCAGGACUUACAUCACCUUUCAGGCUGCUCCUCCACCACACGAACCCGCUACCUUCAUUACCGUCCUCUCUCUUCUCAGCCGCUGAGCAACUCCGUGAAAGUAAGAAGAAUCAUUGGGAGCAAGACCUGCCUCAUCUCCCUUUGGUGGGAAUUGAACCCAAGACUUCUCACAAAGAAGAGACUUGAGAGUGGAUGGUCAUCCGUUGGAGUACACCCACCUUCCCUUCUCCCCUACUCCUUCUUUUGGAACAUAAAAAAUCAAUGGUUAUAUUCUAGAUAGGUGCACCUAGCUAGCUUUGUCCAUAAAAUAUUGGACAUUUAAAUAAGGGAUUCUGACUUCAUUCAGUAGUCAUCAUCGUACAUACCCUUAAACCACCCACAUCUAGACCAACAACUUGCAAGCUAAGAGAUGAGAUCGGAGGGCAGAGCAAAGGCUAAGGAACCCCAGACUCUAUAUAUAUAAACAUGAGGACCAAACUCUACCCGGCCACCCAUCUUUCUUAGCUUCAACUUUAAUUGAUACAAGCACCGAUCUCCUUUAUUUGAAGCGGCGGAAAUGUCUAUGGUGACAGAUGAGAUAAGGCGCAGCGCCACCGAGUUCUACGUGGGAAACGAACUCUGCCAGGAGAAAUCGAAGGUGCUGCUGAGGGAAGUGGGGCUGCCCGCGGGGCUGCUGCCCAUGGAGGACAUGGAGGAGUGCGGGUACGUCAAGGACACCGGGUUCGUGUGGCUCAAGUCCAAGAAGAAGACCGAGCACAAGUUCCAGGAGAUCGGGAAGCUGGUGCAGUAUGGCUGCGAGGUGACGGCCAAUGUGGAGCAGAACAAGAUCAAGAAGCUCACAGGGGUCAAGGCCAAGGAGAUGCUGCUGUGGGUCACCAUCAGCGAGAUCUCCGUCGACGAUCCGCCCACCGGGAAGAUCUACUUCAAGAGUUCUCUCGGUGUCGGUAAGACUUUCCCAGUUUCGGCUUUCGAGGUCGCGGAGGAGAAGAACACAACGGAUGUCAAGGAGGUGUAAUGAAUUGAUCGAAGGGUAGUUAUGUUCAUCUUUUGUGUUCUUAAUCAUCCCAGACAAUCAGAUCUGUACGCGCGUUUGAGCUACGUGCUUUCUCUUCUGUUUUAUCAAGUCAUUAUAGUGUAAUAAGUUCUUUGCCGUUUCUGUUCAUCAUAAAAUAUAUUCUCAUCAUACCAACUUACAAAAUAUUCCCCCAUCCCUGUUUAACUCCAUGUAUUAAAGUUACUUUUCACAAGAUGUCCCUAAAUUAGACUCCCC